UUCCGCGUCUCAUAUUUAAUUUCGAUAUUAACCGGGGACCUUGACCUUCGAAAAAUAAAACAAAACUAUGUGAAAUGGCAACUAAAGUUGUUGGUGCUACUGUUCGGGCAGUUGCUCGCAAAAGAACCAUUAUACCAACUAAAGCACCACUUGUUCUGACUAAUUCAGCUGUAAAGAAAGUGAAGGAAUUGAUGAAACAGAAACCUGACAUGAUUGGUUUGAAAAUUGGUGUGAAGACACGAGGAUGCAAUGGUUUAACAUACACAUUAGAUUACUGUAAUGAUAAGGGAAAGUUUGAUGAAAUUGUGGAGCAAGAUGGAGUGAAAGUAGUGAUAGAUUCCAAAGCACAGUUAACUUUGUUAGGGACUGAAAUGGACUAUUUAGAAGAUAAACUUGCUGCAGAGUUUGUUUUUAAUAAUCCAAAUAUAAAAGGAACUUGUGGCUGUGGUGAAAGUUUUAAUGUAUGAUAAAAUAUGAAAAUAGUGUUGAAAUGUACUCCAGAUAUUAUGUGAAAUAGUCAGUAUUGCAUGGCAAUUAGUUUGUUAGAAACAGUGUGAUUCCUUUUGUGUGAUGAAUACAUGGAAAUAAAAUAUGGUGUAAAUGAUAAAUUGUGAUACAUUUUCAAAAUAAUUUAUUUGUUUUAUAAAUGCCGAAGUAAACUAGGAUUCUCAGAUAAGCAAAAUUUGAACACAGUAUCAGCAUUGUAGAAGCCUGUAGCCAAAGCCAACAAAAUGGUAGACAUUUAAUCGUAGCUGUUUAAAAAGAAGAGUAUUGCAGAAUUAAAUUUCAGUCAGGCAAGAUUUAGAAUUGCUUUGCCAGAUGACAAUCUGAUUUAAAACAAGAUUUUUUUAACUCCAUUGCUACACAAGCUUCUAGGACACAAACAGGAUGUUAUGUCAGGUCUGUGUCCAGGCAAGUUAAGGUAAUUUCGACACACAGAAGAUGAGCUUUUAUACAACAUAAAUUUUUUAGCUUCAUUGCUGUAAAUACUGAAGGACAUUAUAGCAGGAUAUUUUUCAGGUCCUUUGCCAGACAAGUUAUUCUAAAACUGAAUGUUUUUUUAGUUCAAACAGGAUAAUUUAGAACCUUAUUUCGGGCCAAGCUAUUCUAAAACAGGAUAUGCUGGAUGGUCAUAGUCAGAUAGACAUUUAUCUCAUUACAGAGAUAUGGAAUGGUUUAUAUUUGACAAUUUUAAGUAUGAUGCAGAUUAUUUAGAAAGUGUUAAUUAUAUGGUAGAAAUAAACUGUUCUUGCCAGCUUGAGCUCAGUUACAUAUAAUAAGAUAUAUUUAGCCACACAACAGCAGAUGAUGCAUUUAAAUCAUUAUUCAUAGAAAUAACCUUUCUGUAUAAAUAGAUUUUUAUUUAGAUAUGAUAAGUACAGCCUUUAAGAACUCACCAUUUUAUAUCUUUGUUUUGAUGCUUUGCAAAAAUUUCCCAGUGCUUAACGUUCCCUUAACUGGGUUUAACAUACUUUUCAGCAAUUGUUUACUUUUAAAUCUCAUUUAUAAAGAGAGACAACUAUUUGAGAAUAUUUUAAGUAUCCAGUGAAAUGGGACAGUACGGUAAUACAUACAUUGUACAGGUAUACUGUUUAUAAGGUUCUUGUUCAUUUAUCAAAUAUUUCCGGGGUUUGGUGAGAUACUGCUAAACCUGAAGAAUCUUAUGCGGGUUCCUUAUUUUAGUACACAUUCUAGAGGAAUCUUAAUUUAUUUUUUCAAAGAGGCAUUAAUAUAUUUAGAGGAAUUUUAGCCAGGAUGAUUCAUAAAUUUGAAUUGGGAAAUAUAGUUAGCAGUUUUUUUAUCCAUAAAGUCAAGCAGCUUUUUUAUCCAUAAAGUUGUGUAAAAAUACCUUUUUGUUUCUGCACAGAAAUAUUUGAAUACAUAGAUAUACUUACUCAGAAAAUUUCACAACAUUUAUUUUGAAAUUACAAGACAUAAUUUCAAUUUGGAAUGGUCUUUUUACAUAGCAAAGGAUUUUAAGAAACAGACUUUAAUUAAUUUAGACAGCAGCUGUUGAAUUUUAGAAUCUCUUAAUUCCUACAAAUAAAUAGUGUCCUUGUAAUAUCGUAAAAAUUAAUAGUAAAAAAAAUCCUAUCUGUUAUUUUAAUUACUAAGAGGAGACUUUAUUUUAAUCCGCAGAUCUAUAAAAUAUUUCUCUUGAAAAUGUUAACUUGCUGGUAUUCGAAUUGACUUAACAUGUAUGUUACUUUACACAUUGGCUGUAGUAGUUUAAGAUGUACAUGUUUCAUUAUUAUUCCACAGAUUUUGAUAUGCCAUUUGAUUUUAUUGAUGUUGUUAAUGCCUUGUUUUAAUACAAAAAUACAUGAUUA